AUGGGCCAGCAGCCGUCGACCGCCAACAAAAAGAGCAAGAAGCACGGCAAGGACAAGGACAAGGAUGCCUCUCCAGACGCGGGACAAGAUACUAACAAGCCCGAGGCGAACGGCAAGUCACCACAUAGCAGCCUGUCCAAAGGAACAGCCGCACCGCCGGACGCAGCAAAGGAGUCGUCCGCCUCCAACAGCAAUGGGCACCCCACCAUCAGUGUCUCCGACUCGGAUGGCAUGACCGCCACGUCCAGCGGGAGCAGUAUGCGACCGCCCGGGUCCCCGCGACCAGAUCAGUUGUCCAUACAAUCACCCGUCGACAGUUCACCCGUACUCGGGAACAAACCAUCACCCGCCCCCCUCGACAUCCCCGCAGCACAAACCAUCCUCUCGAACGGCGCUGCUUCCACGCCCUUAUCCGCCCCAUUCUCCACUCCUGGCUCCGUCUCGAGUAGCAUGCCAGGGCCGAAUACGCUGAAUAGUGUCAACAGCCUCGGCAAGCUCGAUGUGGACGACAUGAUCCAACGUCUGUUGGACGUCGGGUACACGGGCAAGAUCAGCAAGUCGCUAUGCCUGAAGAACGUGGAAAUCACCGCCAUAUGCACGGCUGCACGAGAGGUUUUUCUGAGCCAGCCAACGCUUAUAGAACUCUCGCCGCCCGUCAAGAUCGUCGGGGACGUUCACGGACAGUACUCAGACCUCAUCCGCCUGUUCGAAAUGUGCGGGUUCCCUCCGUCUGCCAAUUAUUUGUUCCUCGGAGACUACGUCGACCGAGGCAAGCAAAGUUUGGAGACAAUAUUACUUCUCCUGUGUUACAAAAUCAAGUACCCGGAGAACUUCUUCCUGUUGAGGGGAAAUCACGAAUGUGCCAAUGUUACCCGAGGCAAGCAUCAUUUCUGGCUCUACGGUUUCUACGACGAAUGCAAGCGACGGUGUAAUAUCAAGACUUGGAAAUGCUUCAUCGACGUUUUCAACUGCCUCCCUAUUGCUGCUAUCGUGGCGUCCAAGAUAUUCUGCGUACACGGCGGCCUCUCUCCCUCGUUACAUUCCAUGGAGGAUAUCCGCCGGAUACAGCGACCUACCGAUGUACCGGAUUACGGUUUGCUGAACGACUUACUAUGGUCAGAUCCGUCAGACACGGCAGUGGAUUGGGAAGACAACGAACGAGGUGUCAGCUAUUGCUUCGGGAAAGCCAUUAUCAACGACUUCUUGAUGCGAUACGACAUGGACCUGAUAUGUCGAGCACACAUGGUCGUUGAAGACGGCUAUGAAUUCUGGAACGACCGAACACUAGUGACGGUGUUCAGUGCGCCAAACUAUUGUGGCGAGUUUGACAACUACGGCGCUUGCAUGAGCGUCUCCGAGGAUCUUCUCUGCGCCUUCGAGCUGCUCAAGCCUUUGGAUGGAGCAGCAUUACGCAAAGAGAUGACCAAGGCUAAACGGAAAAGCAUUAUGGCGUCGCCUGCUUCGGCUUGAGGGACGCGGUCACCCAUGCGAGGGAACGUGCCUCAGUCGUGUCCUCCCAGUUCUGCUGUGCGGUGCGGUCGCCUGAACUUGCCGUCGUCCCACUUACAUUGGCGCUUGCUAUGAAAUGCUACCCUUGCAGGUCGCUGGUCUCCACGAAACGCAUUCGUGCUAUAUUCCCGUGCCCGCGCAAGGUGGUUAGUCGCAGCUCGUCCUGCGAUCAGGGCCAGAUUCCUCUCGCGGCGAAUAGCUUCUUUCGCCAUCGCCGUGCCACUCCGUCUCGUUGUGUCUCUUGCUUCCCUCUGUCCUUCGCCUUUUGUCUUUGCUCUUUCUGUGGCACAGGACAGUGUCUGUGUAGUAGCAUCGAUCUCUCUCCAUCAACCUUGUACAUUGAUAUCCCUCGCACCUCAGCUUCCUUUUAAUUUGGGUGGUUCGUCCCGUUGAUUACGUGUGAUGCAUACGCUCGUUUUAGUUGCCCUGUGCAGUACGCGGAAAUAACGAGCUUCGUU